CAAAAACUUUUUUUUUUUCAACUUUUUCGCGGUGUUUGAUGUACAAACGCGGUGCCUUCCUGUUAUUUACAGAGAGGUAGCUGUAUAGUUCUGUAUCCCGCGUGCGACAAGUCAGUCUCGCACUCAGAAAACAGAUAAAGCACAAACAGACAAGGACAGAAAAAAAGACAAGGGUAAUCAUGGCAACUCCUAACGUGGUAAUGGUACAGCCUCAGACAAUGAGAGUCACCACCGUGCAAAUGUCACCAAAUUGGAGCUCUGGAAUGUGUGACUGUUGUGAAGACAUGGCGAUCUGCUGCUGUGGGCUGUGGUGCCUCCCUUGUCUGGAGUGUCAGACUGCAUCUGACUUCGGGGAGUCCUGCUGCCUGCCUCUGAUUGUCCCCUCCGCCUCCCUGGCUUUGAGGACUGGAAUGAGAGAGAGAUACAGGAUCCAGGGCUCCAUCAUAGAUGACUGCUGCAUGUUGUGCUGGUGCUACCCUUUGAUCUGGUGUCAGAUGGCUCGAGAGAUCAAGAAGCGCAAGGGUGUUGCUGCUGUCAGCACCCACAACUACACCCAGGUGGUUCAGUACUAGAGCCCAGGAUCGGAGCAGGGGGAGAGGGCUGGGAGCCCUGCAGGAACCCCCUCAGCUUACAGCACAAGCAGAAGCAGCAGCAGCUUUCUCAGCGAGUUUAUAUGGAAGUGUCUAUAUUCACUGCACCACCUGGCAGCAGAAAUAUAUAUAUAUAUAUAUGCAUUUCUAAGUGAUUCUGAAUUAUUGAUCACCAAAUAGGAUUGUAUUGUAGAAUUGCUUUUCACUUGAGCCUUCUCUUGUAGUGUUUGGUGCACCGAAUCUGUACCCAGGAUUAGCUGUAGUGGGAUUUUGUAUGCAAGAAUUUAAGGUGUAACCAUGAAAUAGUGCGGUGCAGGUACUCUGAUUUUCGGAGUCAUUCCCUUUAAGAAGUUUGAAGUUGUUAGAUAUUAAUUAAAGGGAUUACUCAACACAAAAACGAAGCAUUCCCUCGGUUGCUCUCGUCUACAGCUAUUGAGUAGAAAUCAAUACCAAUCUGGCAGAGUGAUUGAAUCCAGUCGUGAUCAAACUAACUAAACCACUCAUAUGUACCUGCCAUUUGUUGUCUAAGAUCAUUUCCAUUUCACUUGGCUCAUUGCCUUAGAAACACAGCUCUGUGCGCAGUGAAUUGUGGGAUUGUAGUCAAUAUUUAACCUCAAUAACUACAUAUCCCAGUAUACACCAGUUGCUCACUGGUUGUGAUUGGCUUAAGCCAGGGCUACAGAAAGGGGACACAUCAGGAGACAGUUUGGCGACGUGUUCUGUGUCAGUAUUAAUGUCACCGUUGUAAGCAACUUUUAAAUUAUCCAGUGUAGAAAUUCAUUAAUUUGGCACUCAGUUUUACAGAUAAGGGCAAACAGUUUUUCUUGUGGUGAAAUUAACACAUUUUUAUAACACGUUUAAUUUAAUACCAGCCGGCAAAAAAAAAAAGUUAAAGGGAAUUACUCAAAUUUGAGUAUCUGCACAGUCCAAGAUAACAAUAAAAACCAAUGUUCUUACUUCUUAUUUUGAAUCAACAUUAUCUGUCACCACUUGUUUUUUUCAAUAGAUUUGAAUCUUGUGGUUUAACUUCCUGGUCCCUAAUCACAAGCUGUAUGUCUGAUGGACUGGUUACAGGAACCUUUACUCUAUAUUGUGAUGCACUGUAUUAAAAAAAGCUGCUUAUCUGCAUGAACAUAAAACAUGCAGAAAAAAACAAGCAAUAAAUCUUCAACACAAUAGAGGGGCCCAGGGGGGUGGGGUAGGAAGUAAUUGCCUUGGUUAGAACUGUUUCAGUGUUAACGGCAAAUAAUUGCAUAACGUAGAGGUUAGCAGCUCGUGGUAUUCUGAAAUAUCCGUUACAAAAAAGCAGAAAUGUCCUAUGCUUGGGCAGUGUCUAUAUAAUGCAGCAACCAAAUAAACAGAAAUAUUUUGAACUGUG